AUGCCGAUGUACAAGGUGAGGCCCUUUCGCGACGGGUCGGGCCCGGCGGUGCUGGCUGAGCACCUCCCCACCUGCAUGUACCGCGUGCGCUGCGCCCACCGCCCGCCCGAGGGCGGCGGGGCCUCCGACCCUUCCUCGCCGCCGCCUCAGCAGAAUGAAGUUGAUUCAACACUCCAGGCUCUUGAAUCACGCCAGGAAGAGAUCUUGAAACGUCUGUAUGAAUUGAAAGCUGCUGUGGAUGGGCUCUCAAAAUUGAUCCAGACACCCGAUGCAGACUUCGAUGCCACUAACAUAAUUCAAGCAGAUGAACAUGCUCCUCUGACUGUCAGCUCUGCAGAACUCGAUAGUUUACUUGGCAAGGACUACGGUGCUCUGAAGGAUAUCGUGAUCAACGCAAACCCCUCUUUUCCUCCACUAUCAUUGCUAAUACUCCACAGUUUGCUGUGUGAGAACUACAGGAUACUUUCAACUGUGCAUACACACUCAUCUGUGAAAACUGUGCCAGAAAACCUCCUCAGAUGCUUUGGUGAGCAGACAAAGAAACAAGCACGCCAUGAAUACCAGCUGGGCUUUACUUUAAUUUGGAAAGAUGUGCCAAAGCCCCAGAUGAAGUUCAGCAUUCAAACCAUGUGCCCCAUCGAAGGAGAAGGAAACAUUGCUCGGUUCUUGUUCUCCUUACUCGGCCAAAAGCUGAAUGCAGUCAUGGCCACUCUGAUAGACAGCUGGGUCGAUACCGCCAUCUUCCAACUCCAAGGAGGAAGCAAUAAGGAGAAAGCAGCGGUUCUGCGGUCCAUGAACACAGCCCUCGGCAAGACGUCCUGGCUGGUGGGCGACGAAUUGACGGUUGCGGAUAUUGUGGCCUGGUGUGCCCUUCGGCAGACGGGGAGUACCGAGGCUGUCCCGGCCAAUGUGCAGAAAUGGCUCAGGUCUUGUGAGAAUUUGGCACCUUUUAAUUCCGCUCUCAAGUUACUGAAGUGAAUUUCUGUCCUGCGGACAGGCACGCAGAUUCAGCAUUUUCUAAACCGGGGGCUCUGGCUCUGAAUUUGGGAUGUUGGUUGGGACAAAUGAGAUUUAAGAAAUAGUCAAAGCUGUAAUGCCAAUAAAGGUAUCAGAAUUUUC